AUGGCGGCUGGGGCUGCGCGCGGGGAUCGGCGGGUCCUGGACGAGGAGAAAGAGAAAAGCAGCUGCGAGUCCCUUUGGGAACUGAGAAUUCCCAAAAAAGGGGUGAUUUUAACCCAAAGGUGGAACCUGGCUGGGGCGCUGGGCCAGGAGCAGGAGACCGACCGGGAGCCGUUGGAUGGACGGCUCGGGCCCUGGGGUCCAGCACCGGAGCGGGGCAGGACGGAGGGACGGACACCGGACACCGGCCGGACACCGCCGCGGCACACGGAGAACCGCCAGCAGACCCGGGAGGGGGCGGUGGGCUCGAUUUUGGCACUAAAAAAAGGGAAAUGGAGCAAAUCCGCCCAGCUCGGAGGAGGGCACGGGGUGGUUCUGGCUCUGGCUGAGGGAGUUUUCAGGGCUCCUCCGCGCGUGGAUUUGGAGUCUUUGAAGCGUUUCGCGGUCCCAAAUCCACUGGUGGUGUCCCAUUCCGGCUGCUGCGGGUUCCCAGCGCAGAAUUCCAGAGCCUGGGAGCUGGGUCAUCCUCCGGCCUUUCCCCACCAGGGCUCCAACAGCAUCGUCAGUCCAGUGUUUUUCGUUAAAAUGAGCGAAUAUACAGAAUAUAAAGCACAAUAUUUACACGGGGACGGUAACCAGGGGCGUUCCCACACCAUCAGUAGUUCGUUGUCGUGGGGAUAAAAGAAAUUCUUAAGUGACCUAAGGAGGAACAGAC